AUGCACUCCUACUCUGAAAUUCAAUGCAGAUGGGAGUCUGUGAACUUCGAGCAUCCUUCAACAUUUGACACGAUGGCUAUGAAUGAUGAGCUCAAGCGUUCUGUGAUGGGAGAUCUUGAUCGGUUCAUCAAAAGGAAAGAUUUCUACAAAAAAGUUGGAAAAGCUUGGAAGAGGGGUUACUUGUUGUACGGGCCACCAGGGACCGGGAAGUCUAGUCUAGUGGCAGCUAUUGCUAACUACCUCAAAUUCGAUGUCUAUGAUCUCCAGUUCGCAAGCGUGAAGGGGGACGCGACUCUAAGGAGGUUGCUUCUGGCCACUAAAAACAGCUCCAUUCUUGUUGUAGAAGAUAUAGACUGCUCCGUUGAUUUGCCUACAAGGUCCACAACCCGUGGUGGUCUCGAGGGAUCAACACCAUUGACGUUAUCAGGACUUUUAAAUUGCAUAGAUGGGUUAUGGUCGAGUUGUGGAAACGAACGCAUUAUAAUAUUCACGACGAACAACAAAGAGAAUCUCGAUACCGCAUUAAUCAGACCAGGCCGUAUGGAUAUGCAAAUUUACAUGGGACACUGCAGUUUUGAGGGAUUCAUUCAAGAUAUUGGCGUCUAA